UAUCAACCAGGAGAGAAAAAAAACAAAAUAAACCGCGGGCUCGUCAUCCUACUGUUGCGCCACCUCGGUGAGAUCAGACCAAGAUUCAAGUCCGAGUAGAAAGUGCUGAGCUUUUGCACCUGUAGAGCCUGAUAUACACAACCAAUGGUUUUUGUCAGCUAUCAACUUUUUGGAUUCAUAUAUACAUGCUCUAAAGAUAAGAACGAUUGAAAGCAAAGAUCCACUCACGAGGGAUCCUAGUCACUGCGAUCCGUGCUAUCUCUUCUUCAACAGGAGUCAUGGGUUCUCUAAUGGCAGGCUGGAACACUCCAGUUCAAGAUCCUAAGGCUGUAAGAUAUCAGAGAAACAGAUCACUUACUAGAGGAGAGAUUGAUGCAUACUGGAAAUCCAAGAAGAAGACUGAGGAAGAACAUCUUAGGGAACUCUUUGGUUUCGUGGAGAAUAAUCAGGAGAAAAACAUAUGUCAAGGGUCUGGGGAAAAGCUACAGAGAUCAAGCUCGCUGCCUCUGACUGACAGAAGGGAGAGCUCACUGAACAGUAUCUUUAAAUCAGAUGAUGAGAAGAACGAGAAGACAAAUUGCUGGUGGACCAGGAGCCAUUGGGCAUUUCUGAAUGAACCUCCUGUGACAGCCAUGGAGGGCCCUUCCUACAAGUAUGCUUCACAGUACCAUGUCGCAAAUUUUGGCAGCUCAAAAGCAGUCGGCAACUCAGAGAUCAGUGUGUAAAAAUAGUAUAUUUCUCAUGGUGAUCAAAUAAUAUGGAUAGGGCUGAUAACCAAUGGAACUGCGAUAGUCACUGGAGGUCUAGUCAUGCAGUUACUGUAUAUAGGUAUUUGCCUUGGCUGUGUAGAAAAGUUCGUUAAAAUGUGCAUUUCGUCAUAGAACUUCUGUGAAUCCUAAUAUAUGGUUUUGUGUAAGUUCUGCUGUAUUUAUGUGGUGCAAUCAAGAUGGCUUGGUUGUUGCUUCUUGAUGGCCACUUCAGCCUCAAGUCUUUAUAAUGUAGUAAAACUUACCAUCAAAAGAACGAAGCUACUCCUAAUGUAUGGUUUUGUAUAUAUUAUGCUGUA